CCCUCUCAAUACAAAACUUUCACUCAAGAUGAACAGGAACUCAAAAGUUUUGUCCGAAAAAUUAUCCUAAAAACCCAAAACAUAAACAUGAAAAAACGAUUCUCGAGUGACUAACGAUCCACAAUGCCGUUAUUCAGGACGAGAAAAGUUGAUAAAGACGAAGCACAGAGAAGAAUUCAGCGAUGUCUUGUCGUAGCUGAGGAAUCGCCUGAACCUUCGCUGGAUUUGUCAGGUUGUGGAGUGACAGAGCUUCCAAAAGAUGUUUUUUCACUUUGCCGUGUAUUAAGAAAAGAGGUGCUAAAUGUACAAAAUAACAAACUGAAAACACUUCCAACGACAAUAGGUGCUUUGAAAUCCCUUCAAACCAUUGACUUGCAAGGUAAUAAUCUCACAUCCCUUCCUGAUGCCAUUGGUAACCUUGAGAAUCUAAAAAAAUUAAACUUGUCUGGUAACCCUAAACUGGAAUCAUUGCCAGCCUCUCUUGCAUAUUGCAGACUUUUAGAUAACAUCAUCUUGGAUGUCAACACUGUCAACAUCCCUCCAAGAGAGGUCACUAAACAAGGCACAGAAGCAAUACUCAAAUAUUUAAGCCAAUGUGCUGGUAUUGAGUACAUGCCAUCAGCAAAGAGAAUUGCUGCAGCAAUGGUUUCAGAUAAAAGCCAAGCAAGCAGUUGUUCUGAUUCAGACAUCGCUGUAGAUAAAAUGAUAGCACCUUGUUUCCUUUGCAUGGAAACAUUAAGCCAACAUGAUGCAGACAAGGAACACAAGCAGUCCCAGAUGUACCAAAUGGAGAAAAUUAUGAUGGACUUGAAUGACGAACAAAAGAUGUUAGCCAACAGAGCGCUUAAGACGCACAGUGAUCUGGUCAACAGAAUAAGAGAGGCUGAAGCAGACAUGGAUGAUGACAUUCUGUGGCUGCAAAACAAACAAGACCUUUUAAGGCAAAACUGGACGUCCGCGCUAGCUGCAGACGAACAGAAUAGCAAAGAUACAGUUGCAAUGAUCCUUCAGAUCAAUGAAAGGGCUAGAGAUAAAGAGGCUAUUCUGGACCAGCUGGAAAAUGAAAGAAUAAGAACGGAUAACUUGGUGCAAAUCACUCAAGAAGAAUCUGAAAAGCUGAGAAAGGAAGAAAUACUGGCGUCCAUGGCACGAAUGCUGGCGUUUCAAGAAAAUCAAGACCGAAUUAUCCAUGAAUACCAGUCGUCCCGUGAUAACAUUGCCAAAAUGUCCAUGAAACGAGAGGCUGCAGAAGAUGAUUUUGUGUGGGACACUCUCAACGAGCAAGACAAAGAUCGCAAAUCCUUAAAAACACAAAUAUCCAAUCAGGAACACACUCAGAUGCAAGCUAUUCAAGCUCUGCAGUUACAAAAAGAUGCUAAACACUGUCGUCUAACAGGCCAGAUUAAAUUGUUAGAGGAUCAGUUGGCUCAUUUGACGAUGCUAGAAUUUGAUAAAAGGGAAGAAAGGCAAGAUUCUGAGCAGUUGGCUUUGAAUAGACGACGAAGCGACUUGUCAUCUCUUCUUGGUCUGCUCAUCAUCGAACAAGAGAAGAGAGAGAGUGAACUGAUGGAGAGACUGAAUGAAAUGGAAAGAAGACGAGAGACUGAUGUACAAGAUUAUUGGUUAAUUCAAUACCAACGCUUACUGGACAACAAACCAGCAACUCUCCUUGAAAAGGAAUGCGAUCCCGAGGUUGCAGAAACUCUUAGAGAAGCAGAUGCAGAAGAUUUCAUAGCACUUUUUGCACGCCAUCACAUAACGUGGAAAAUGUUAACGACGAUGACAACAGAAGAACUGAAAGAGAUGGGGGUUCGAGAACUUGGAAUUCGGAAAGCAAUUCUAGAUACAGUGGAGGCUCGUUUACGCGUACAAGAAACAACCCAGAAGAAAGAAAAAGAACUGGAAACGCCAACAGAGCCUGAACCUAGUCAUCCCCAGCCCUCUGCUCCAGCAGAGAUUCCUGUUCUCAAACCUUCAGGGCCAUCAAUGUACCCUGACUGUGUUAUAUGUAUGGAUAAGAAGUCUGACGUUGUUCUCCUGAACUGCGGUCACGUGUGCUGUUGCUUCAACUGUUCUUCCGCUCUACAAUCCUGUCCAAUAUGUCGCAGUCCUGUUGUUCAACGCGUCAAGAUCUACGUUGCCUAAAUGCACUUGUAUGACCCGGUGGGUUUCCUGUGGUAUUCAGGUUCUCGUAGAGGACAACUUUGCUAAGCAGCCUUCUAAGCAGACGUCCUUAUAGAGCGUUUUCCCUCAGUCCCUAGAGAAUUAAACUGACGAUAGAGAUGGCAGCCUUAUUGGUGUAACUAUUAGUUAUAACAAAAGAAACUAAUGACAAAGUUAUUGUCAAAGGUAAUCCAAUAUGGCGGCCAUGACGUCAUGUCUGACACUAGAAAUAGCAGCCACAUUGUUGUACCUAUUAGUUAUAACAAAAGAAACUAAUGAAAAAGUUGUUGUCGAAGGUACAACAAUAUGGCGGCUGUGACGUCAUGUGAAAACGCUCUAUAGAACCGUCACGCGACGCUUGACAGUGAAACUUUACGUGACGAGAGUGCUUGGUCGCGUCACUGUAAUUCUUGGCUAAACGUCUGUAGCGCGUAAGUGUCUGCAAUCAUGCAAAAUUUGUUGGAAUUAUUAAACGUUUGCGCUGAAACUCUUCGAGAACAACUACUUCAGUAAAAUGAAUAUCUAGGAAGAAAAUGACCUGUAAUGAAUGUGUCGGUUUUCAUCUAUUAAGUGGCCACUUUUAUCGGCCACUUGACAAUUCACAAAUGGCAUACCGGGUUAAUAAAGGUUCUGUAUACAUCGUACUCAGAUGAAAAGACAAUCUUUAACUAACGGAGUUGGAGAAGUUUGUAUUGAAGUAAAACAAUUGAAGCAAGGAGGUGGGGAGGGGGGAUUGGCUAUCUUUGAUUAUUUGACCAUAGAAUACUUCUUGCUGGGUAGUGCUGUCUGGGUAGGGAAAAUGGUAUUUCUCAUUAGACCCAAGCUAGGGAGUUUGAGGUGGUGUUCCCUCUAUCUCACUUUGUCACUGUUUCAUUUGGUUAAUUUGUUUGAGAGAGGAUAAGUAGCCAGCGUGAGUAUCCCCAAAGAGGGUGCUUAUCCUUGCUUGGCCAAAUAUACCAAAGUAAACACCAAACAUUGACCAAGGGAAAUACAGGGAAUGCACGCGCACAGUGUGCAAGGGCGGGUGGCUUGACUGUGACGUCGGUAAAACUUUCUUUGGGUAAGGCGGCCCCUCCCAAGUACUUCCUAGCCUAUAUGAAUUAUAUACGAAUACGAAUUAUAUGAAUUAUUAAAUACCAAUAAUAAUAAUUAUUAUUAUAUAUAGCAUAUGUCCUCGGUAAUUUGCCAUCCAAAACGUAGAAUGCAUAAUGCAAACUUUUUUACCAUACAUAAGUUUUAUCUUAAUUUUCAUAAAAUAAUCGCAGGGCGAAUUUUAUUUUAAAUUAUGUAAGAGCUUGUAUUCACAAGAAUUUGCAAGCCAUCCUGUUUACUGAAGAAAGGAACAGAGACAAAUGGCUUUGUAUGUAAUCAGUAUAUAAUAGCACAAUAAAACGUAUCUUUUUGCAAAUAA